AUGUUGUCCAGAUCCCUCAGAUCAAGCUUACGCCGUAUACCCGUUGCCAAAAGGGUGUCCUCUGCCGCCGUGGCCGGUUUGAGAGUGUCCCAGGCCUCCGCUUUGCACACCAAGGUUCCAGCCUUGACUGUCCAGAAUGCCAGAUUCGCCUCUCCUGUCACCACCUUCAAGAGAUUGGCUUCCACUGGUGUCAAGGUGCCUGAGAUGGCCGAGUCCAUCACCGAGGGUACCUUGUCUGCUUUCAACAAGGAAGUCGGUGAGUAUGUGGAGCAGGACGAGCUUGUUGCUACCAUUGAGACCGACAAGAUCGAUGUGGAGGUUAACGCUCCAGUUGCCGGUACCAUCACCGAGCUUUUAGCCAACGUGGAAGACACCGUGGAGGUUGGCCAGGAGAUCAUCAAGAUCGAGGAGGGUGCUGCCCCAGAGGGCGGUGCCAAGAAGGAGGAGCCCAAGGAAGAGCCAAAGAAGGAGGAGCCAAAGGAGGAGAAGAAGGAGGAGCCAAAGGAAGAGAAGAAGGAACAGCCUAAGAAGGAGGAGCCUAAGAAAGAGCAGCCUAAGAAGGAGGAGCCAAAGAAGGAGUCUAAGGAGCCAGCCGGUUUCGGCGGUUUCGCCAGAAGCGAGGAGAGAGUCAAGAUGAACAGAAUGAGAUUGAGAAUCGCCGAGCGUCUUAAAGAGUCCCAGAACACCGCCGCCUCCUUGACCACCUUCAACGAGGUUGACAUGUCCAACUUGAUGGAGAUGAGAAAGUUGUACAAGGACGAGGUGUUGGACAAGACCGGCGUCAAGUUCGGUUUCAUGGGUGCCUUCUCCAAGGCCGCUGCCCUUGCCUCCAAGGAGAUCCCAGCUGUCAACGCCUCUAUCGAGAACAACGACACCAUGGUGUUCAGAGACUACAUGGACAUUUCCGUUGCCGUGGCCACACCAAAGGGUUUGGUUACGCCGGUGGUGAGAAACGCCGAGUCUCUUUCCAUCUUGGGCGUCGAGGAGGAGAUCACCAAGUUGUCCAAGAAGGCCAGAGACGGUAAGUUGACCCUUGAGGACAUGACCGGUGGCACCUUCACCAUCUCCAACGGAGGUGUGUUUGGCUCCUUGUACGGAACCCCAAUCAUCAACUUGCCCCAGACCGCCGUCUUGGGCUUGCACGGCAUCAAACAGAGACCUGUCACUGUGAACGGUCAGAUUGAGUCGAGACCCAUGAUGUACCUUGCAUUGACCUACGACCACAGAGUGUUGGACGGCCGUGAAGCCGUCACCUUCUUGAAGCUUAUCAAGGAGUACAUCGAGGACCCUAGAAAGAUGUUGUUGUCUGCCUAA